AUGGCUAAGGCAGAGUUUGGAACUGCAAAGUUUCUCAGUAAACAGAUGAAGGCCAAAGGCCUUCAAAAACUGAAGUUCUAUUGCCAGGUUUGUCACAAGCAAUGUAGAGAUGAGAAUGGGUUCAGGUCCCAUAUCAAGGCACCAUCUCACUUACAAAAAAUUUCACAAAUUACUGCUGAGGAUAUUAAUAACUAUACUACUGAGUUUGAGAGGAACUUCUUGAGGUUGUUAAAACUUAAUCAUGGAGAAAAGAAAAUUGAGGCUAAUAAGUUUUACAAUGAAUUUAUUCAGGAUAAGGAGCAUAUUCAUAUGAACUCCACUAAUUUCACCUCUUUGAGUAAAUUUAUCCAGUACCUAAGUAGAAAUGGGAAAAUACGGAUAUAUGGACUGGAAAAUUUAGAUGACACAGAUGAUAAUGUCGAUUUAGGCCAAUUAAUGAUUAGUUACAUCGAUAAUUCCAGCGAAACUAUACUUAGGAAACAAAAAAUUGAUGAGUUGUCCAAUAUAGAAAAGAGCCAUCAGGAAGUUAGUACCGUUCUCUUGCAAAAUCAAAUUGCAAAAGGGUCCACAAUGGUGCAAAUUGACGAACGACAGGAAGAGCAAGACGUAGUUGGGAACCAACCUGUUUUGCAAUUGCAACCUGGCGAGAAGAUUUCGUUGACCUUAACUGGGAAUGGGAUUACCAAAAACAAGAAGAAGAAGACUACACUUAAAAAGAAGAGUGUGUUUAAGAGUUGA